ACAUAUGGUCAAGGUGCUACUUGAAAAACUCACUAUAUAAAUUACCCGGUAAUUAGUCAGAUUAUCGAAUCGGCGCGUGUUUGCAAAUUUGUGUGUUUACGAGUACGCGAUUUUUCAGUAGCAUAAAGAAAGAAAAAUAUCAUCAUCAAAUAGAUUCAAGGACAUUCGAAUUUUACGGGCAUUUUUCUACUCUCCUCAAGAGUUUUCUGGCAUCGAAGAAGUAAGAGUUGCUAGUAAGAUCCGCUGCGCACUAAAUUGACAUUGCUGCUUAAACGAACAAUGCUGCUAAAAGUACGCGUGCCAUUUAGUAUCGUAAACGUCGUACAUCGAGUACUAAACUGGAUCUUCUUGUUCGUCUACAAGAAAUCAUCACAAAAUAUACCACCUGCAACGAAUCCUUUAUUUACAUUAAGCGCUACUACGCUAGCUAAAAAAAUUAGACAAAGAGAGAUAACAAGCUACGAGGUAGUGAACGAAUAUAUAGAGCGAAUUAAGGAAGUGAAUCGUCAUUUAAAUGCCGUUGUUGACAAUCGAUUCGAGGAUGCCAUAAUUGAGGCAAAAAUCUGCGACGAACAAUUAAAAACUGAAAAAUUUGAUACCGAAACUUUAGAAAAGGAAAAGCCACUUUUUGGUGUGCCGUUAACUAUCAAAGAAGCUAUCGCUGUCAAAGGAUGCAGUUAUACUGGUGGCAUUUUAAAUCGCAAAGAGAUAAAAGCAACUUACGACGCACCGAUCAUCGAAUUGAUCCGAAAUUCUGGCGGAAUCCUUGUAUGCGUCACAAACACUCCAGAAUGGUGUAGCGGAUUAGAUACCAUGAAUCCAUUGUACGGACGUACCUAUAAUGCUUACGAUAAUAGAUUUACGGUCGGCGGAUCAUCUGGCGGAGAGGCUGCAUUACUCGGAGCAGGUGCUUCUUUGAUUGGAAUUGGUUCGGAUUUAGCUGGUUCCAUACGAUUACCAGCUAUGUUCAAUGGUAUUUUCGGAUUCAAACCUACGGCUGGAAUUAUUCCAACUGAAGGACACCUACCAAGGUGCGAGGAUAUAGCCUAUCUAAAACUUCUGAACUUAGGUCCAAUGACGAGAUACGCAGAAGACCUCGAUCUGUUAAUGAAAGCACUAACGUCAAAAUGUGAACAUAACUUGCGUUUGGAUGUGCCGGUGGACUUGAAGCAAUUAAAGGUCUACUAUCUGCAAGCCUUGGACAAUACGUUAGGCUUGUUGCCGAUAUCGUCGGAAAUUAAAGAAUGUAUAUUGAUGGCCGCGAAUCAUUUCAAAAACCAUAAUAUUCAUACGGAGCAGUUACCAAUAGAAUGGCCAACAACUGUCAUUGAAAUUACAUUGGCUGCACUUUUCAGUGUAAAGGAUACUUAUUCCCUACUAAAAGACAUAAACGAUCCCAUGAUCUACAAGUAUAUAAUCACCGAAUUUGGGAAAUCUCUGCUCGGCAUGUCGUCCUACACGAAACAAAUGCUUUUUAACUCCAUGAUCCUACAGAAACGUGUUCCAUUUUCGACGUCAGACUUAUCAUAUUACACAAAAAAGGGAGAAUUACUUCGACAAAAGUUACUGGAUUUGUUAGGAGAGAACGGGGUAUUUAUUUGUCCAACUUUCCGAAGCUCGGAAAUUUUUGCAAAUCUUAUCCUAUGCGAAUCACUGAACGCUGCGUAUUGCGCUAUAUUCAAUGUUCUCGGCUUUCCCGCAAUACAAGUGCCAAUGGGACUCAAUCGCGAUGGAUUACCUAUCGGUGUUCAGGUGAUAGCAGCGCCUUAUCAAGAUCGCCUUUGCUUGGUGGUUGCAAAAGAACUGGAAAGUGCUUUUGGCGGCUGGACACCGCCGUCGGCAGCGGUAGUCCAAUAACAAACUGUUAAUCGCUCUUAAUUCAUUUUAUAAAUAACCGAUACAGUUAUUUCACAUUUGCUAAAAAAAGUGAAGAAUGAAAUCUGCAGUAACAGUCAACAUAAGUCUAAAGCUAUGUAUAACAAGUUGCUUCCCUAAUCUCUUGCAGGCACAUGUACUUUUGUACUUGUGUUUUGCGUUUUCGAAAAAUCUGAUUUUUAGGUGUAAGAAAAUUUGUUAAUGUAUUAGCAAUUAUUUUGCGGUGAAUAGACAUUGGUUGUGCUCAGAAAAUAAUAAUAGUUAUAUAAUUAUUUAAUAAAAAUGACCUGUAAUUACUUUCUAUAUAGAUUAUACAUGUUUUUUUCCACAGUGAAUGUUUCAAGAUUUAUCUAUUUUAUAAAUAAUAGUCAUCUCACCGUUUUGUUUUCCGCAUAAUCAAUAAAUGCAUAUUUAACGAUCGCUCAUAAGCUUUGACAUAACUUAUCUAAUACAUUUGAAUUAUGAAUUUACUCUGUACAUGUGAAAUGUUUCGCUUACGCGAUUAUUACUAGUUUAAAAAGAUUCAAAAAACCGAUUGCGAAAAGAACCAUUAUAAACUCAUUAUUAUUCAGUGCACCAAAUGGCUAUCGUGCAGUAAGUUUUUAAAAAAGUCAUGUCAUUACGUUUAUUCGAAGCUUCGUAAUGCGAAACUCAAUAGAAAUAAAAUUGUGAAACAUUGUGCUGACAUCACGUAAGUAUCAUUCAUAAUAUAAUGCGUGCAUUAUUUUAAAAAUUCUUUGAAGUUUAAUAGUUUCAAAUUCUAUUUUAUGGUUAGUGAUUGCCAGGUAAUAUUUUUUAUAUAUAAUAUAUUAACGAUUGUGUUUUACAUCAGGCGUAAAA